AUGUUCAUAUUAGCCUCGGUGAUACGAUGGAGAGUGUGUGAAUUCGAACUGCCCCGCAUGCAAAUGAGUGUACUUGAUGAUAUUCCUACUCAACGUAGAGUGUCAACUUCCCAGGAUGCCAUUAUGGAUUUCACACAGACAAAUCCAACGCAGGAAGAUUUCACGAGGUUCCAUAGCGUGAAAGAGCAAACGCUCACUUCAACAUCAAUGGUCCUGGCCAAUACACCGUUCUUCCCGUGGCAAGGUGUAAGCCGGGCUACGCAGGAUUCACCAAUACCAGACGACACU